UCCAUAUCUAAACCCUGUAUAACAUUUCGAAGGAUAAUAGGAUCGCAAUCACCACUUCCAGGAGGAAACAAAAAGGACCCAAGAGUUAAAAAGGUGAAUGAUACCCAACACCAUAUAUGGAUACGGAGGUUUCAAGCAGCGGCCAAGGCGGUGUCCGUGGCCUCUUCUCAUUGCGAUCUUCCAGUGUGCGGUAUUCCUUCUCACCUAUUCACCGUUCAAAAUCAAGGAUCGGCGGCCCGUCCCGGCGGGAAAACACCGAUUACCGCACUACGACACGUGUCUCUCUGGGUAGGGGCUGGAGGUUACCGCACCGGGAAGCUAUUUAAACCCCCCGGUGUCCGUGUCGUCACUCGUCACCCUCACUCUUCCGCUCCGCACACCCGCGCCACCCUCUCCGUCGUCGCCUUCGGACGAUCCGAUAACCACGAGGCCAAAACCUAGCAAGGGUUCCAAGAUCUCGCCGCCAUCCAUUCCCUUCUCUCCCGCGUCGCUCGUGCGAUAGGAUUCGAUACAGGGCCGAUCUUGUCUCCGAUCCCUCCUCCGGACCGGUUGAUUGAAUUUUUAAGUUCUUGCGCACAUUGGCUGGUAUAUUUUUUUUUUUCUUCCGUUUGACCUUUUUUUUUAAUUUUUUAAUUAUCAAGAAACUGCAACACUGAUUGGUUUUAGUGUUUUGUUUAGUGAUUUUGCUGCAAAUUUUCCUUGUUUGUGUUGGGAUUGAAUGGGAAUGGAUGAGACUGCUGGCGAGGGGGAAGAUUGGAAGUCUUUGCAGAAUUCAAGCAGCGGUGGUGAUGUUGGAAUUAGGUAUAAGAAGAAAUCUUUGGCGCCCUGGAGAUUCCAAGAAGGUUAUCUCCGUUCCUUCUCCAAAGGUCUCAACUUGAACAAGGACGAGUCAAGAAAACUUAUAGAGGAAAAGGAGAAGUAUUCUGGAAAGGAGUCAUGCGAUUCUUUGGAGGAGAAGGAGAAGGCAAGCAAAUUUAUAGAGGAAAAAGAGAAGUAUCCUGAAAUGGAGUCAUGCAAUUCUUUGGAGGAGAAGGGUUCUGGAGAAAAGGAGGAUCUGAAAGCUCCAGAGAAUCUCAAGAGCGAUGGUGAUGCCAAAGUUAUGGGCAAACGACAGAAGCAAUUGGCCCCAUGGAGAUUUCAGAUUGGUUAUGUCCGAUCCUCUUCCAAAACCCUAGAUUGGAGAAAGAAAAUCUGGGACGAAUCAUUGGAAGAGUCUUUCUGUUUUGGUAGGGAGGAGUCGGUUGGAUCUAUGAAAACCAUGAAUUAUGGGACUCAAGGUUCUUCAGAGGAACCACUCAAAUCAGUGGAGAUGGUGAGUGUUUCAACCAAGAAAGAAUCUGCUCCAAAGAGGUACCCUUCUCGCAUAAGAAAUUCAGCAGACCGGUAUACUGUUACUACUGUGAAGAAAGACACCACAAAUGGUAGCAAGAAUGAUACCCAUAAGACUGAGGAAAGAGUUCAAAAUGUAGUAGCAGUGAUCCAAACUACAAAUGGAAAGGAUGUGAAAGGAAUUGAGAUUUUGACAAAGAAAAGAAGAUUGGAGGAAGCGCACCAAGAGAAUAAACUAAUGGAGACUAACAAGAAAGAUUCUUCAUGGCACAUUGAACAGGAUGGAAGUUCUCAUGUUUAUCAAGCAGCAUGGAAGUCGAACAUGGCAAGCAAUAACCUCUUGGAAAAUAUCGCUGCUCGUUGCAAGGUCAAGGAGACCUUACAGGACUUUCGAACCAUACUUAGAAAGGUGUUUGAGGAAGAGGAAUCAAAGUCAAAGGAAGCUGAUCAGGGUUUACGUGCUGAUCUUACUGCUUUUAAGCUCUUCAGGGAGAAAUAUGGGCUGGGUGAUGGUAGGAAGUAUCUGGGAAGUGUGCCAGGAAUUGAAGUUGGUGAUGAGUUUCAUCGAAGAGUGGAGCUCUGUAUUGUUGGCCUUCACUGUCAACACCAGGCUGGCAUCGAUUUCGUUAACCAAGGCAAAAUUAAUGUAGCUAUUAGCAUUGUGUCCUCUGGUCGUUAUUCUGAUCUCAAGGACAAAUCUGAUGUCUUGAUGUAUUCUGGUUCUGGAAUUCCUAAUAAAGAUCAGACACUUGACCGUGGAAAUCUAGCACUGAAAAACAGUAUGGAAACUAAAACACCCGUACGAGUUAUCUAUGGUUUUGCUUACUACCAGUCCAAUAAUUCCCGAGAAGCUAGGGCUAAGCAAAAGAAGGUACCAGUUUAUAUUUAUGAUGGACUAUAUUUGGUUGAGAGUUAUUGGAGGACAAAAGGGAACGGGGAUCACUAUGUUUUUAUGUUUCAGUUGAGAAGAAUGGCAGGGCAACCCAAACUUGAGACUGCUGAAAUUAUGAAGUCAAAAAAGUCACCAGCAGGUUUUAAUUUCUAUAUAGGAGAUAUAUCUCAAGGAAGAGAGAAACUACCCAUUUCUGCAGUUAAUGCUAUUGACACUGAGUAUCCGAUGCCAUUCAAAUACCUAACAAAUUUGAUAUAUCCUUUUGAACAUCGCCCACCUUCUCCAAGUGGUUGUGAUUGCAUUGAUGGAUGCUCUGAUUCCGACAAGUGUGCCUGUGCUGUUAAAAAUGGAGGGGAGAUCCCAUUCAAUCAUAAUGGUGCUAUUGUAGAAGCAAAACCUCUCGUUUAUGAGUGUGGCCCUUCUUGCAAGUGCCCUCCAUCUUGUCACAAUAGGGUCAGCCAACAUGGCAUCAAGUUUCCACUGCAAAUCUUUAAAACUGAAGCAAGGGGUUGGGGAGUGAGAUCCCUGAAAAAAAUUCCAUCUGGCAGCUUCGUCUGCGAGUAUGUAGGAGAGAUAUUGGAGGAUGAGGAGGCUCAGAAAAGGAGAAAUGAUGAAUACCUUUUUGCUAUUGGCAACAACUAUUAUGACAAAUCCCUCUGGGAGGGCCUCUCAACUUCAAUACCUGCUCUUCAAAAGGGUGCUUCCUGUGAAACUGAUGAGGUGGGUUUCACGGUUGAUGCUUCUGCAUUUGGCAAUGUUGGAAGAUUCAUUAAUCACAGCUGUACGCCAAAUCUUUAUGCACAGAAUCUCCUUUAUGAUCAUGACGACAAGAGGAUGCCUCAUAUAAUGUUUUUUGCUUCUGAGGAUAUUCAGCCUUUACAGGAACUGACAUAUGAUUACAACUAUACCAUAGAUCAGGUUCAUGAUUCUGAUGGUAACAUAAAAAGAAAAAACUGCUUCUGUGGCUCUAUUGAGUGCACUGGCAGGUUGUAUUAAGAUUGUUUGUAUUCUUUGAAAUGGUAGCUUUAUACAGUUGGAAGUUUUGUAACUGUUCCAAGAUCAAUGUCUAAGCAGCAAAACUUUGUUGGUAUAGUGAGUGGAUAAGAUAUUUUCACUCAUGGAGAGUUCUCGAUAA